AUGUUUAAGGAUGACCUGCAAGUACUCUUGGACGCCCCACACAGCAACGAUACGUGUGCACCACACGGCUCAGUGUAUGAGAUCAUCACCGACUGGAUCGAACACGAAAUGUGCGACCCCAGCUGGUUCGAGACGGCAUUGCAUGCGCACUUUUACUCAAGGGACAAGUCGUGCCAACAAUUGUUGCUGGACAACAAGAACAUAUACCACCAUCUCGGGUGCGCUGUCGGAACGCCCUCCGACCCUGUGAACUUGCGCGCGUUCCUGGUGCUUUCAGUUCCGUACGUAGACCACGUGCGCGGUAAGCUGUUUGACGAGAUUCUGCGAUACUACGAGCAGCAGUUUGAAUCUGCGGGCAGCAUACUGGACCGAGUACGGGAUAUAGUGGGGCAGCCGAAUACGGAUCAGUACGGGAGACUUGACCGGAUUGAGAAGACCUUGCUAGAAUUGCUCUGCCGCGUGCGCGGCAUGAAAGAGCAUUAUCAUGAACUCAAUGUGGUUAGGUGUGAGAUUCAACUACUCUACUACUUUAUCCACUACCACGAAUGUCAGUUGGGGCUGGCGAUCCCAAUCCCCAGUGUCGACGAGGGAUGCUUCCACAUCUUUACAGAUGAAGUCGCGAGCGACGGUCGGGAGCCGGAGACAAGUCUCCAAGAGGCACCAUAG